AUGGAUUAGAAUAAUCAAACCAAUGACAUAGAAUAAGACGCUAAAAGGGGAAGGCCGUCUAAAAAAUUGGACGGAUAGAAGCCUUCAAUUAACUCAAAUUAACCAUAGUUUUGGAUUUAGUCUCAAGAAGCUACUCAAAUAUUUAUUAUAUUAGCAACCAAUGCGCAAAUUGUUUUCAAAUGUUUGAGUGGAAAAUAGAAAAAUUAGGAAAUAAAAAUUACCAAAUAAUCUGAUACUAAAAGAUCAAGUUCUUUAACUAAAUAUAGAAAAAGUCGACAAGAAUUUGUAAGAAAUGCCGAGAAGCUUUAAAACAAAUUAUUAAAAAAUCUUGAAAACCAUUUAUAAAUCGAACUAAUUGGGCAAUAGGAGCAGAUGAACUAUUUUUUUUUUUAAGACAAUAAGAAAACUAAUUUUGAUCAAGAACCUUAUAAUAUGAUGAUGGAGCUAUUACGACCUUACAUUCAUAAGGAUUUCUAUAAAACUUUGAUAAAACUGUUAGAAUUAUAAAGUACAUUUAAAAUCAACUAAUCUGAUCUGGAUGACUUAUAUAAUAUUUAGAAACAUAAACAUUUUGUAAGUUGGGCAUUAGUGAUUGCUUGGGGAAAGAAAAUAAGAGCUCACUUAGAGUUAUUAUAAAAGAUUAGGAACGAAAGUGAAUUAACACAGGCUGGCUUAUACGCUAAAUAAUUGAUGGAUAAAUCUGUUGAAAUUCGGAAAAAAAAAGAAGAUGAUGUUAAAAAAGAUAUCAGUUAAUUAGUUAAAGAUAAAGAGAAGAAAAUCAAAAAAGAAAUAAAUGAGAUAAUAAAGUAAUUUAGAUAUAGAAAUUAAUAAAAUAAUUCUGAAAUUAAAUAAAAUUCAUAUUUAGAAGUUGAUUGA